AUGGGGCCCAUCAAAUCUGCCAUCAAGGGCAACAAAUCUUCUGCCGGGUUGGUCUUGACGCCCUCGACUGUACGAGACGUUCUCACAGCUUACAGGACACCCAGUUCCUCGGACAGCAAAAUAUCACCAAAUGCCUAUGUUUUUGGCAUGCGCGAAGAUCUAGGCGGUUUUGGCAAUGAGUUGAACUACUAUGUCGUUGCUUACAGUGCUCCAUUUCUCCUUCCAUCGCUGCAGAUUGUCUGGGCCGUCAUCGCCUUUUGCCAGUCCGAGAUCAAACAUAGUUGGCAUCUUUACAUCCUACGCGCCAUCACCGGCUUCCUCGAAGCCUCCUCCUUUGGCGGCACCCAUCUGAUUCUCGGCAGCUGGUUUAAAAACGAAGAACUCUUCAAGCGCGCCGGCGUCUGGUUCAUGGGCAACUCCCUCGGAUCCAUGUUUUCGGGUUAUCUCCAGGCCGCGGCCUAUCGAAAUCUCGACGGAGUAUACGGCAGGGCGGGCUGGCGUUGGCUGUUCAUCGUGCAGGGCAUCAUUACGUUGCCGUUAGCAUUCCUGGGGUUUGCAUUCUGGCCCGGACUGCCGAGCUCGCCAAGACGGUGGUUCUUCACGGCAGAGGACCACGCGUUGGCCGUCAAGCGGAUCCCGACCGUUGAGACCGAGGGAAUCACCUGGAAGACAUUCAAGUACACGCUGUCACGGCCAAUGUGGUGGAUAUGCGUGCCAUGUUACAUCAUGCUAUGUCAAGCACAUUACUGGACCGGUUACAUGGCGCUGUGGUUGCGUCACGCCGGCUACUCGAUCGAGCUGGUCAAUAUCCUGCCGACCUUUAUUGAUCUGCUGCGGGCUCUGUCGUCAUGGCUAGGGACCACGCUGGCGGGCUGCCUCAGCCUCAGGGGGCUCUGGUCAUUCCAGGCUUCCUUUGUGUUCUUUGCGCUCAUCGUGCUAUCCGUCUGGAACGUGCCCGAUGUGCUCAAGUUCUGCGCCUUCUACUUUGGCGGUUUCUCUGGCAUGGCAUCUCCCAUCCUGUAUUCGUGGGUCAAUUUUACCCUCAAGGAAAACUACGGCGAGCGCGGACUGAUCAUAUCGUCCAUGAUGACGCUGGGCUUCUGCAACCAGAUCUGGAUCCCACUGUUCACGUUCCCGACGGUCGAGGCGCCGCGGUUCCCCAACGGGUACCCUGCUGCAACAGUCUUCGAGUUUACCAUGUGGGCGAUCCUCAUGUUCGGCACAUGGUACAUGGAGCGAUGGAAGCAGAGGAACCCUGACCUCGAGAUGCGACUGGCGCGUGAGGCGGCGACACGUGUAGAAGGUGGCGACGGUAGCCCGUCGGUGCUGGGUUCAGAAUCGGAGGGGAUAGAAGAUGGCAAAGGCAAUACGGGAAGCUAA